UCAACAGAGGCCUUCUCUUACACCAUGUGACAUUACUGCUUUCCGUUUUUGUUCAACAAGUCAUUAACAGUUCAGAGUUGAUGGCGGUUUCAGUAACAAGCCCUCACUGAGAAAGGACACCACUGUAAUAUGAAGAAAUCUACAAAUGCUGAUGCCUCUAUGGAAACACAGAAUCCUGUCCACCAAGGCACAGGAGCUGUGCAAAUGAGAAUCAAAAACAGCAACAGCCACCACGACAGGUUGAGCCAAACUAAAUCCAUGAUCCUCACUGAUGUUGGGAAGGUCACCGAACCUAUAUCUCGACACAGAAGGAAUCAUUCACAGCAUGUCUUGAAGGACAUUAUUCCUCCACUGGAACAACUGAUGGUUGAAAAAGAAGGUUAUCUUCAAAAAGCUAAAAUUGCAGAUGGAGGAAAGAAACUAAGGAAAAACUGGACUACUUCCUGGAUUGUUCUUUCUAACCAAAAAAUUGAAUUUUACAAAGAAUCCAAACAACAGGCUCUGCCCAACAUGAAAACUGGGCACAAACCAGAAAGUGUAGAUUUGUGUGGAGCACAUAUUGAAUGGACCAAGGAAAAAUCAAGCAGAAAGAAUGUCUUUCAGAUCACAACAGUGUCAGGGAAUGAAUUCCUUCUACAGUCAGAUAUUGACUUCAUUAUACUGGAUUGGUUCCAAGCUAUCAAAAAUACAAUUGACAGAUUGCCAAAGGAUCCGAAUUGUCCAAGAAAGCUGGAAUUAUUCAAAAUCCAGAGAUCUUCUAGUACAGAAUUGCUAAGUCACUAUGAUAGUGAUGCUAAAGAACAGAAACCCGAGCACAGGAAAUCUUUAAUGUUCAGACUGCAUCACAGUGCUUCAGAUACCAGCGACAAAAACAGAGUUAAAAGCCGAUUAAAGAAGUUUAUUACCCGAAGACCUUCCUUGAAAACUCUGCAAGAAAAAGGACUUAUUAAAGAUCAAAUUUUUGGCUCUCAUCUGCACACAGUGUGUGAAUGUGAAAAUUCCACAGUUCCAUGGUUUGUAAAGCAAUGCAUUGAAGCUGUCGAAAAGCGAGGUCUAGAUGUUGAUGGGAUAUAUAGAGUUAGUGGCAAUCUGGCAACAAUACAGAAGCUAAGAUUUAUCGUCAAUCAAGAAGAGACGCUGAAUUUGGAUGACAGCCAGUGGGAGGACAUCCACGUUGUCACCGGAGCACUGAAGAUGUUUUUCCGGGAGCUGCCUGAGCCGCUCUUCCCUUACAGUUUCUUUGAGCAGUUUGUGGAGGCGAUCAAAAAGCCAAACAACGAUGCAAGGAUUGAAACUAUAAAGUAUCUUGUAGAAAAACUCCCUCCACCAAAUCGUGACACCAUGAAAGUUCUCUUUGGACAUCUCACUAAGGUAGUGGCCAGAGCCUCCAAAAACCUCAUGUCCACACAAAGUUUAGGGAUUGUGUUUGGCCCUACCCUCCUGAGGGCUGAAAAUGAAACAGGGAACAUGGCCAUACACAUGGUGUACCAAAACCAGAUAGCAGAGCUCAUGCUAAGCAAGUACAGCGAGAUCUUCUGCUCAGAGGAAGACUGACAGACAAGACAAGUGACUGAGUAUGUUCACAUCUGUCUUGAUGCCUAAUAUUUUUACAUUUCUGUAAACAUAUUUCUGAAAUAUUUUUUUCCUUUCAAGUGACAGAUGCUUUAUUCUGUGAAAACUUAAUGAUGGUUUUGUGUAUAAGUUCCAAACAUUUGAAUAAAAUAAUUGACAAUAUUUGCCUAUAUGUGUUCAACAUUAACCCCUUCAGCGCUGUUCUUCCCAGCGCUCAUGGAAACAUAUUACGCACACCUCACGCUCUUAAGUGAUAUGUGGAUUAAACUGUUGCGCUGAUGCUGUUCCCAGGCAUCCGAUGUGUGGCUGUAUAUACAUGGGUAUGUGAGUGGGUAUGCGUAACUGUGUGCACAAAUGUGACUUCUUGCAAUCCACUCUACCUAGGCACAUCCCCAACCUCCCUCAUGUCCACCAGUACAAGCAAAACAGCUGAGAAAGCAGAAGCUAAUAAUUUUUAAUUAGAUUAAGGGAGAUCCAGUUGUCAAACAAAACAGAGAUAUUUUAACUUUGAAGAAUAUAACCCAGCUAUUCUCAGUACUAUAUGGUAAAUUUACAAAUACAACAUGGUAAGUGGCAGUUUUCCUGAAGAAAAAUGACAAAGCAUUUACUGCCUGAUAUGAACUCGUUGUUGUGUUUUGUUUUGUUUUGUAAAUAUUGUCUGUGGUCCCAUAAACUUACUACCUGAUAAAUUAGAGGCAAAUUA